CUCGGAACCUCCAAAUCAAAUGGUCAAAGUCGAUAGCUAUCUGUUCACCUAUAAUAAUAAGCUCUCUCAGUGAUGUAAAUUAUAAUUAAUAUUUUCAAGAAGUAUAUAAUAUUAUUUAACCAAAAAAGAAGACGAUGAAUUUAGUAUCGAAUGGAGAAACAACCGCAGUGAGAGAGCAUAGAGAGAGAAAGCAGAGAGAGAAAGCAGAUCUGGUUUUGGGUCCGGCGUACGGCCGGCGCGUGAGCGUUCGUGCCGUCGCCGGAGCCCAUUUUCUUUAGGUUAAAAUCGUUUCCCGACUUCCUUUUCACCUCCUCUUCCUAUUCAUUUUGUCGGAGCUCUGUCCAGUUCCAAACCGGAGUGGUCAACUCGGGGAGUGAACAGAUCCACAUGGUGGCGCGGUGGCUGGAGUAACGACGCGACUGGGUGAAGGGUGAGGUGGGGUGAUGUCGGUUUGUCAGAUUAGGGUUUCCCGGGAGGUGGAGGCUCCUUCAGAUCCAUCGCCGCCGGUCUAGUUUCCGGGAGGCGGAGGCUUCGUUAGCUCCGCUUUCGCCGGCUUGGGUUUCCGGGGGGUGAAGGCGGUCUUUGCCUUGCGCCGCCGGCUUUUAGUCCCCUAGGUUUGUUAGGGUUUUGUUUUUAUCUCUGGUUUUUGCGGUUUCAGUUUGGUCUAGUUGGAGGAGUUCGCGUCGGAAGCCGUUCGAAGUUCUCCGUUGUUGAAGGUGUGGUUCUGCCGGCGAAGCUUUCUUCCCAGUUCCGGUGACGAAAGGAGGCGGAUGAGAUCUCGGUUUACCGAUUGAUCUAUCCACUAUUGGGAACUCGCGGUUGGAAGUGUUUGCGGCGAUGAGGCUUGGAAGCCAGUGAGUUACGGUUCUUCCGGUGGAUCGUCGGUUUGAUCACCGGGGACGGCUGGAAACGGGGGCACGCCGUGAGCGAACGGAGGCACCGUUUUUAGUUUUCUCUAGGGUUUCGUUUGGUGGACCUUGGGCUUUUUUGUUGUAAUUCUGGGCUUGGCCCUUUUAGUAAUAAUAUCAACUCUUGACGGAAAAAAAAAAAAAAAAUUUAGUAUCGAAUGUUUAAUAUAAAAACGGACACCAUAUUUAAAUAUGCUGUACCCUUUUUGAUUUUUCAGUCUCCAUCAAUCCUCAAAGUUCACAUUCAGACUACAGACAACGUAAAUAAAAAGGCGUACCAUCUUUGCUUUUUCUUUUUAUUUCCUCGCGCACUUUCCACGCAUUAUUACACCAAAAGAAAAGAAAAUCUGCAUACACAAUCUCACACAUCUCUCUCUCUACGAGCUCUAGAUAUCAAAACUCAUUUCUUGAUCUUCAAAGAGCUCCUCAGUUCAAAAUAUCAAAGAACUUUUUUUCUGUGUUGUUGUUUUGUUGUAUUAUUGAAUACACAUACAAUCCUAUAUUUGGUAUAACAUGUGAUGAGAUCUCCUCACAUCAUCAAUCCACUUCUUCUCUUCUUCUUCCUUUCUCUAGUCCUUCAAAGCCAUCAAAGAACCACUGAUCAAACUCAUAGGACCGGCUCCACUGAUCAACACGUCAAUGAUGUGGCGGUGACUUCGCCAGAAGGGACAAGAAGAGAGAAGUUUCGAGUUCGGCGGCCCAUGACCGCAUGGCGGAAGGGGAAGAUGCUCAAUGACAAUGAACACGGAGUCCCAAGUGGUCCAAAUCCCAUCUCCAAUAGGUAGAAAUGUGUAAAAUGUUUAUUACAGAGCUUGUUGUAUGAAUAUUUUGCCUAGUAUUCUAGUGUAUCUCUUUGCUUAUGAGGUCGCACGUACAAAAGUCAUCGAAUGUUACCUGACUUUUAUUCAAAGUUUCAAACU